UUAUAAGGCAUAUUGUUUAUUUCUUUAUAUAUAAUAUAUAUAUAUAUAUAUAUAUAGUUUUUAUCUUGAGAUUUGUUACUCAUUUCGAUAGAUAUAAAAACUAUUCGAAAUAGCUUUGAACUUUAUUAAUUCACUUUUUUAUAUAUUAAGUAAAUAUCUUACUUUCUAAAUUUUUCAUUUGUUUUGUAAUAUUAAAUAAUUUUAAUAUCAGUACUGUAUCAAUAAAACAUAUGCCUAUUUCAUUGGUACAUAUAUACAAAAAAUUCUAUUAUUAUUAGGAAAUAUAAAUUUUGUAUCAACUGUAAAAUAAGCCUUUUUGAUUCUUGAUAAUACGAUUUCAAAUAGUAGUUUUAAUUUAUUUGUAAAUUUUUGGUUUAGGGUAGUUAGUUGAAUAGUGAAAAAAAAGUGCUUUGGGUAACACAUAUAUUUGUUUCAUUUUUAAGAGAUUUAUUCUAACAGCUUUUUUUUACUGUAUUGACCCACCAAGUUUUCAUGAACGAUGAAAACGAUUAUUUUUUUUACUUAAAUUGCAGCUUUUUAGAAACCUUACUGUAAUAUUUUACCAUCAAUGUGAAAUAAAGUUGUAAUUCUAUUUUUAGGCACUUUAAGAUGUAUCCGAUUAAUCGUACUCUUGAUUGUCCUAAAUAUGAACAACUUGUUUCUAAAAAAAAAUGUAAAAGUCUUGUUUGGAAAUAUUUUGGACAGCCAGCAGAUAUUAAAGGUCAGUUGGUUGCACAAAAUAUUGCUGUCUGUAAAACUUGUAAGUAUCCUGUUUCAGCCAAAGGUGGAAGCACAACAAAUUUGAUGACUCAUCUUAAGAUUUAUCAUCCUUUAACAUUUUCCGAUGUUACCUCUUCAAAUAAACAGCUCCAAAAUGCAUCACCUUCUUUUGUUGAUAAUAUAAGUCAGAGUAGCACUUCUUCAAGCAAAAAUGAAUUCAUUGAUGUAGAUGAUGCUCCUGUGCCUCCAGCAAAAAAACAAAGAACACUGCAUGAAUUCCAACCCCUUGGUGGAAAUUGCUUAAAAAAGUAUAACGAUGCUGUUUCAAAAUUUAUAGUUGAGACAUUACAGCCAUUUAGUGUAGUGGAAUCACAAUCGUUUAAAAAUAUGGUUCAUAUUCUGAAUCCUAGGUACAAAGUACCCUGCAGAAAAUAUUUUUCAACUACAGCUAUACCCAGACUUUUCGAAAAUGUAGUUGACACUAUAAAAAGGCACCUUUUAGCUAUUGAUUCCAAUAAUGUUUCAAUAACUACUGAUUGCUGGACUUCAUUGUCUAAUAUUCCUUAUAUAGCUAUAACUGUGCAUUUCAUAAAUUCGCAAUGGGAGCUUCAAUCCGCCUGCCUGACUUGCAAACCAUUUAACGAAGAUCAUACAAGUCAAAAUAUAGCAGAAGCAAUGACAAGCAUUUUGUCAGAUUGGGACUUAGAUAUUGCUAACAUAACAUCAUGUACUACUGAUAAUGGCAGAAAUAUUCUAAAGGCAGUAUCAUUACUAGAAAUACCACAUGUUCCCUGCUUUGGACACACUAUUAAUAUUGGUGUUAACAAAGCUUUGGAAAUACCAAGCAUUAAAAAGGCAGUAUCAAGGGUUAGAAAAUUACAGAAUGCUCUUGCACAUAGCUGGAAGAUGGUACGAGAUUUCCGGAAAGCACAAGAAUUAAUGCAAAUGAAUGUUGUUUCACUACCUAGUGCUUGCAUAACUAGGUGGUGGAGCAUCUUGAAAUUGUGUAAGAGAUUCUUAGAGAAUCAAUUGCCUAUCCGCAAAUUGCUUCAAGACUAUCCAUCAAAAAAACAUCUGAUGGCGGAUAGUAAUGAAGUGAAUACAUUAGAGGAAAUAGUCAAUGCUACAAAACUUUUGGAAGAGAUAUCGAAAAAUCUUUCAGGAGAAGGAUAUACUACUGCAUCAUCAAUUUUGCCUCUUUUAAGAAAAGUAAAUAAGAGUUUAAGAGAGCUUCCUUCAGACAACUCUAUGCAAAAACAAAUAAAAUCAGAACUCUUAUCAUCUUUAAUAAGGUAUGAAAAACCUGAGCUAAUGUCUUUAUUAAGACUAAGCUCAUUUUGUGAUCCAAGAUUUCGCUUAAAUUUUAUAGAUGAGCCAGAACAAACUAAAAUGAUUGUAUUAGAAAAGAUGAUAGCAUUGUAUGAAAUAGAAGAUGCUCAAAGUGUCGCAACCGUUGAAAACCCAAAAGUAUUAGAAGACACUAAAAAAGGUUUAGAGAAACUUUUAGAGAGUGAUGAGGACGAUGAUACUUUAAAUGUUAACAUUCUGACACCAUCAUGUAAGGCAGAAAGAGAGUUCAAUAAUUUCAUUUCUAUGCCAAAAGUAGGCUUAAAUGAUGAUCCACUCAAGUGGUGGAAAAUGAAUGAACAUAAUUUUCCGACUUUGAAACUUCUCGCCAGGAAAUAUUUGACCGUUCAAGGAUCCAGUGUACCGUCAGAGAGAGUUUUUAGUACUGGGGGCAAUGUCGUUAGAAAAAACAGAGCAUCUUUAUCACCUAAACAUUCGGAAAUGCUGAAUAUAAUUUCUAAUAUCGCCCAGUCCUAG